UUGCCUAUAGUUGGAAAGAGGAAGUGGAUAAGAAAGUGUGUGAGUUUCCAACAGAUUGUGUGGAAAAUGUAUUGGAUAGGGAAAUAGAUUUGGAGGAGAUUGCAGUGUGGGUUAGAAAGUUGAAGGACUGGUGGUAGUGAUGCGCUUGUGGGGGAGCUUCUAAAGCAUGGUGGGUCAGGGAUGGUAGAGUUACUUAAACAGUUGUUUACAGUAAUUUGGCGUGAGGAGUUUGUGCCACCACAGUGGAGGGAGGGCCUCAUAGUUAACUUGUUUAAGAAGGGAGAUACAUAAGGAGGAUCCUGGGAAUUAUAGGGGCAUCACUCUGCUGAGUGUGGUUGGGAAGGUCUUUUGUAAGGUAUUGAACAAUAGGUUGGUGAAGCAUCUGGACGAGGGCAAGGCAUUGCAUGAGGGCCAGGCUGGUUUUAGGGUUGGAAGGGGUUGUGUUGAUAAUAUUUAUUCGCUGAAUGAACUCGUGCAGGGUAGACUAAAGGAGGGGAAGGAGACAUAUGCAUUCUUUCUAGAUGUGCAGAAGGCAUACGAUAGUGUGUGGCGUAACGGCCUGUGGUUUAAGUUGUGGGAAUUUGGGGUAAGAGGGAAGAUGUGGAGGGUCAUUAAGAAGAUGUACGAGUAUUCAAAGAGUGCUGUAUUGUUGAAUGGGGAACGGUCAGAGGCAUUUGAUGUGGAUCAGGGGGUAGCUCAGGGAUGUAGCUUAUCUCCAAUUUUGUUUUCCGUAUUUAUCAAUGGGUUGUUGAGGGAGGUGGAGGAAGCUGAGAUUGGGAUCGAUUUAAGUAGUGAUGGGAGACUUGGAGGACUUUUGUUUGCAGAUGACUUCGUUGGUGUUAGUGAGUCUAAGGAUCAGUUACAGACGAUUAUAGAUGUGGUGCAUGCCUACUGUCGAAAAUGGAGGCUAAAGGCUAAUGUGAGUAAGAGUGCAGUGAUGGUGUUCGCUAGGGAGUCAGUGGAUGGUGCUUGGAAAUGGGGGGAGUAUGUUUUGCCUAGAGUAUCUAAAUACACAUACUUGGGUGUUGAUUUUACUAGUACUAGUGCAUGGGAUGUGCAUAUCAAGAAUGUGUUAGACAAUGGUAGAAGGAAGGUUAAUCAGUUGCAUAGUGUAUUAGUAAUAGGGAUAUUAAUUUGAGUGCUCGCAGGUUGUUUUUGCUGGCGGUGGUUAGGCCAACUUUAGAGUAUGGGGGUGAGGUGUGGGAAGCCAAUAAGACUCAGGCAGCUGCGUUAGAGUCCGUUAUGCUGGGAGGAGCUAAGCGCAUUCUUGGGUGUUCGUCUAAGACAUGUAAUGAAGCCGUUAGGGGGGAUAUGGGGUUUGAUACGUUACAAGGGCGUAG